AUGACUAAGGGUUUAGUUAGAAUACGUUUAGCUAGAAUUGGUCGGAAACAUGCCCCACUGUACAACAUUGUCGUCACAACCGCCAAACGUACUAACUAUAAAAAGCCAAUAGAAGUGAUAGGUGAAUACCUUCCUAAACCAGUUACGUCGAAGUUAGAAGCUCCCCAAAGUAAAGUAUAUCUGGAAAAGCAAGUUCAGUUAGAUAUGAACAGGGCUAAAUAUUGGAUUUCUGUGGGUGCCCAGGCUACCGAACCUGUUGUAAGGAUCUUCAAAAAAUGUGGUAUUUUAGAUAGUAACUGGGGAGUACAAAGAUCACUCAAGGGCAAGGUUAUUGAGCCAAGAGUGGAAACAUUUGAAUGA